AUGAAGGAUAUGGUUACUGGAAACCAGAUAGGUAAAAUAGAAAAUCACAGCUGUGAAGAAAAUCCCAUAUUUAAAACAGAGCAAGGCAAAUAUUUAGCAGAAAACCUAGCAGAUCCCUUGAUCAAAGCUUUAACACAAGUUGCACAAAAACGCCCACAAGAUCCCCUACAAUAUUUGACAAAUUACCUGCAAACAUUUGUGGCACAGCGUAAUACAAACGGACGCACAGUAGUACAGGCGGCUAUCCAUUCAGGCAGUAGUCACACCGAUUCAACAGCCUUGGCGGCCAAUUCAGAAAAUGAUUCCCCCGAAGAAAAACAAAUUAUUCCAACAUCGCGAAUGAAUGGUCACGUGACGCACGAUAAAUCAGAGGAUAUAGAAACCGAACAACAACUUGACGAUGAUGAUACUGAUGAAGCUGAAGCUGCAUUAUCCAAACGUCUAGAAGAACGAGAUGAACAUGGCCAGAGUAUGUUACAUUUUGCCAGUGCUCGAUCACAUCGUCGUGGUGGUCUGCUACAAUUAAUUGAGGAAUCGAAAGUCGAUAUAACAUAUCGUGAUGAGUUGUAUCGAACGGCUCGAGAUGUUGCAUUGCAGGCGAAUCAAGUUGUCAACGCCAAGGAUAUUGACCGUUAUUUGAUAUCGUUGGCAGUUGUUGGUGAUGUAAAACCCUUCGAGUAUUUUGCCAUUGCCGGAUAUGAUCACAUCAUUGACGUUAUGGAUGAUGACAAGACAAUUAUUGAAGUAGCCGAGUCGAAGGGUCACACGGAAUUGGCAACUUACUUGCCUACAAUACGCCCUAUGGAGGAAAUGCGCGAAGAACUUCAUCAAAUGAUUCGUGAUCAUAAAGUGGAUCGAGUUAAAGAAAUUGUGGCUGGACCAGAAGGCAAAUGGUUAUUAAUGGCUAGAAAUUAUUAUGGAAGAACUGCCCUGCAUAUAGCCAUAUUAAAAGAAGACGAAGAGCUGGUGGAACAUUUCGUCAAAAUCUGUCCGGAGGCUUUAAAGAUUGGUGAUAAUUUGGAACGUUCACCCCUACACUAUGCCAUGGGUACAAAUUUGGUCGAAAGCAUUAGUCGAAUACUGAUACAAAACGGAGCAAAGCGUACAAAUAAAGAUUUGAAGGGACGCCAACCGAGUUAUUAUUUUAUGAACAAAGCUGAUAUUUUGCGUUUGCAAGAGGAAGAAGAUGAAAGACCCGUUUUGGGCCAACGACAUCUGCAGGUGUUUUUGCUGUUUCUGUCCAUUACCGUAAAUUAUAUUGCCAAAUUCAAUGCUGGUGUAGCAGUGGUUGCCAUGACAAAUGCCGAAACAACAAACCCAGAUUUUCCGGAAUACGAUUGGAAUGAAAUGGAAAAAUCCUACAUUCUGUCCAGUUUCUUUUGGGGUUAUUUUGUGACACAAUUUCCCGGUGGCUAUUUUUGUCGACGUUUUGGGGCCAAGUUGACAAUGUUUAUAUCAACAUUGGGUUCAGCAUUGGCGGCUUUGCUAAUACCCCUCACCGUGGAUUGGGGUGGUUGGCAAGUUUAUUGUGGCAUUCGAGUCGUGCAAGGUCUAUUCCAAGGUUUACUAUUUCCCAGUAUACAUGCCCAUUUGGCUGCUUGGUGUCCGGUGAGCGAAAGGAAUCGUUUAGGCGCUUUAGCAAAUACCGGAAUUGAGUGCGGUACUGUUCUCUCAAUGUUUUUGAGUGGUAUAAUUGCGGCAUCGAGUAUGGGUUGGCCGGGUAUUUCGUAUAUUUCAUGUGCAAUUGGUGUCAUAUGGUGUAUUUUGUGGAUUAUAUUAGCUGCCAACAGUCCAAGUGAAUCGAAAUUUAUAUCAGAAGCUGAAUGCAGUUAUAUUGAAAAUUCCAAAAACCCAUUGAAAGAUGUGAAUGCAGGGGAGACACCCAAGAAAAUACCUGUGCCAUGGGCAGCAAUUAUGACCUCAAUGCCAUUCUGGGCUUUGUUGGUGGCCAGGUCUGCUCAAUCAUGGGGUUUCUCAACCUUGCAAGCUGAGAUUCCCUCAUAUAUGAAUGGUGUCCUGGGCAUGGAUAUGAAGAGUAAUGCAUUAUUUUCAGCUUUACCAUAUUUCGCUAUGUGGUGUAUGUCUUAUAUUUAUUUAAUACUAUCGGAUGUGUUGCUGCAAAAGAAGAUCUUGACUUUAAGUGCGAUUAGAAAGACAUUCAAUUCAUUGGCAUUUUGGGUUCCCGCCAUUGGUCUAAUAGCUGUGGGUUUUGUUGGUGAAAGUCAACAGACAUUGGCUAUUGUCUUGAUGACAGCUAAUGUGGGCAUUAAUGCUGGUUCCACAAUUGGCAGUGCCCUGAAUACCAUUGAUUUGUCGCCCAAUCAUGCUGGCAUUCUAAUGGGUAUUGUGAAUACAUCGGCUAAUAUUAUACCAAUAUUGACGCCACUCUUGGUGGGUUUGAUAGUCAAAAAUGAGGACGAUCGUACCGAAUGGCAAAUUGUCUUUGCAAUUUCAGCCAUUGUCUUUGGCUUGGGUAACCUAUUUUACAUUGUCUUUGGCUCAACUAAAUUACAGCCAUGGGACAAUGAAAAUUUCCUCUUAUCGAAAGAUAUACAAAACGAAGACUGUGUUGAUAAAAAAUCAGAUGAAAAGAAAGAGAAUACAUUUCUAACUGAUUAA